AUGGAAACAAUGGAUCAAAGACUUGUCUCAACUUGGUCUAACGUUAAUUCCUCUGUUCCUCUUUCUUUUGUUCAACCACCUGAGUGUAGACCUGGUAAAGUCACAAACCCUUCAACGAAGACAAUACCUUUAAUUGAUCUUGGAGGACAUGAUCAUGCUCAUACCAUAACACAAGUUUUAAAAGCUUCUCAAGAAUAUGGUUUUUUUCAGGUUAUCAACCAUGGAAUUUCAAAGGAUUUAGUGGAAGAAACAUUGAAUAUUUUCAAAGAAUUUCAUGCCAUGCCUGCAAAGGAAAAGGUGAAUGAAUGUUCUAAAGAUCCAAAUGGAAUUAAUUGCAAGAUAUAUGCAAGUAGUGAGAAUUACAAAAAGGAUGCUAUUCAAUAUUGGAAGGAUACAUUGACUCAUCCAUGUUCUCCUUCUGGAGAAUUCAUGGAGUUUUGGCCUCAAAAACCACCUAAAUAUCGUGAGAUUGUUGGUAAAUAUACUCAAGAAUUAAACAAAUUGGGACAUGAAAUUUUGGAGAUGCUUUGUAAAGGAUUAGGGCUUAAACCAGACUUAUUCAUUGGUGAACUUAGUGAAAAUCCAAUAGUGCUAGCUCAUCACUAUCCACCAUGUCCAGAUCCAAGUUUAACUUUGGGCCUAGCCAAACAUAGAGACCCUACACUCAUCACUCUUCUACUUCAAGAUCAAGAGGUUCAUGGACUUCAAGUUCUUAAGGACAAUGAAUGGAUUCCAGUUGAACCUAUUCUCAAUGCUUUUGUUGUUAACAUUGGUUUAAUCUUGCAGAUAAUUACCAAUGGAAGACUUAUUGGUGCUGAACAUCGAGUUGUGACAAAUUCGAUAAGUGCAAGAACAUCGGUUGCAUAUUUCAUUUAUCCUUCAUUUUCAAGAAUGAUAGAACCUGCACAAGAAUUGGUAGAUGAAAUCACUCCUCCAAUUUAUAAAUCAAUGUCUUUUGGAGAAUUUCGUAAAAAUUUCUAUGAAAAAGGACCCAAAAUUGAGCAAGUUUUACAUUCCUAG